AACAGCUUGGUGAAAGGAGGGUUGUUGGUGACGGAGGGAGGGCUGAAGGGCGCCGCUUAUAUGCGUAUCCUAGGCCGUCAAAUGGGGAGGGAGUCCCAGGCGAGAAGGGGCAAUCAAAUGAGAUGAUUCUGUCAUUGGGCGACGGAGAAAAGCUACCAAAUCGCCCGGGCGCGAAGUCCGCUACGUCACAUAGUAAGCUCAAAAAGCAACGAAGUUUGAUCGUCAUGAUGGAGGUUCGAAUAAAAGCAAAUGAUUAUUCAGACUAUACUAUGAUAAGGGUGGGUGCCUGUAAUGAAUUUUUGGCCAGCGGGCGUGAUGUUACGAUAAUCAUGCGGCGGGAAGCAGACCUCAAGUUUGGCAGAAGCUUAUCAGUUGUCGGAAAUUUGGAACUUUCCUGCGCUCUGAAGGAGGGAAGCACAGUGCUAGUGAAAGCUAAAAGCGGUCUGCCUGCAGUAUUUGCUCGGGAUGGAAGGCCCGCAGCACCGUUCGACAUGCGUACAGCGUGCUGCGAAGACGUGUGUAUUGAAGGACGAAAAUUCGAAAGUUUCGCAUCUCAGCGACUGUCCGAAAAUACCUUGAGGACUUCCCCAAAAGUGAAUAGGAAAUAA